GGAACCUGGUGUUCGGUGUGCUGAAUGGUUAUCACGAUGCACCCAGGGAGUCUGUCUCAAAUUUCCUGAAAAGGAUGAAACACGUUUUCUUCUUGAUGGCCGAACCGCUGACCUUCGGAAACUACAAGGCGCAGUUCGACGAGGAGGAUCCUUUCGACGCUGAGGACAUGCAGGAGAUGAGCGACUCUGAAACCUUCGAUUUUGAGUCCAUGCCACUUCCUUGGGUGGUUGCACAGGUUGAUGAUGAAGGGGAAGAUGUUCCUCGGAGAUAUAGCACGUCCCCUGCCAGUUUGAAGUGUGUGUUUGAGCGCGAAACAGUCGAGGACCAAUCGUCUGAUGAUGGGGAAGAGGAGAAAGACUAUGAUUACGAACCUGGUGACAACCUCCCUAGGGACCAUUAUACUUGGGAGAAUGACAGGCUCUUCUUCUACGGAAAGCAUCACCGGUUCACGCCAGAGGAUGUCUGGGGCCACAACGUCAUGUGGCACGUUAGGAAAUUCCAACUUGCUGUAAAGACUGGAAAGUGGGUCAUGGCAAUGAAGGAAGCCGAUGGCAAGUGGAGUGGCAUGAACAGACUAGGAGCGGGUCCAUUUAAGAAAAAAGCGAGAGAAGCUCUGGUGGAGCAUUUGAGUAUUAUGAACCCCGACAGGAGCCUGCCGGACGUCAAUGCGUAUGAAGGUCAAAAGCUCGAUGAGCUGUACGCCAACAAAAUGUUGGAGCCUAGUGAGUAUGAACGUUAUGCUUCGGAGGGUGCUUCCAUCGAUUUUCAGAGCAAGAGUGCAGCGGAUCCGGGGGAAGAGGAGCUGUCACAGGACGUGCAUGCUGUGCACUGGGAAGAGGAGACUCAACACUGGCCGCCUCGUAGAGUGCUGGAUGGUCUCAAUGCAGGAGUGUUGGAGACCGGGGCCAGCUGGCAUCUACGUCAUCCUUCGGAGGCGUGCGACGCAUCUGUUCAGGGGCCCUUUGUAGGAGUGUUGGAGACAGAGGCUAGCGAGUGCGAAGGUCAUGCUUUGGAGGAGACGCAUGUUGUGCAGUGGGAUGAAGAGCUUCUCGAAGGCUCGUCGGGAAAUGCCAUCAACAUCGGGGACACCGAUUCGGUUUCGCACAGCGCGUCGCCACUGACGAUGCAAGAGGGUGACGGUAAUGGAGGUUAUGGGAUGUUUGUGGAAGGCAAAGACCGUGGGCGGGAAGGCCGUGCGUGGACGUUUGGGGAAGGUCGGUUUUGUGGCGAUCAGGAGGGCAAAGAAAAACGCGUGUUGGAAACUCAGCUUAAUGACGAUGAGGAAGGCGAAGGAGCCGUGGGGGAAGCUCAACUUUUUAGCGGUGACGUGUCGGCUCGACUUCAUGACGAUGAGGCAGGCGAAGAAACCGUGGGGGAAGCUCAAUCUUAUGCCGGUGAGGUGUCGGGUCGGCUUCAUGCCUAUGAGGUGUCGGGUCGGCUUCAUGCCGGUGAGGUGUCGGCUCAUAUAAUAGGUUCGAAGCGAGCAGAUCAUGACUCUACGUCCACCAGCUAUGGUGAAGAGCAAGGCGACCGAGCGCCUGCCCUCUGUUCCGGUCGGGAAAUGGUGCUUCAUGAAGCCACGAAGUUGGUAAGCGACUCAACUGCCAUUGAGCUGGUUAGCGACUCAGCGGUGGUCGAGAUGCAGAACAUCGAAUCCUCCACGGACGUCGGCACAGUGGCGUGAUAGGAGAUCGAUUCCCCUCGAAGGACUCCCAAGCACGGUAAGA